AUGUCACUUGUCAGUCAGCGGAAUUAAGAGGCGCAAUAUAACAAAAUGUGUUAUAAUCGUUAGUUCGUUUUCAAAUUUGUAUAAAUAAGAACAUAUUUAUUAAAAAAAUAUGCCUAUCCACAGAAUGAUAUCAGUUUCUAGAUUAAUUUCCCAAUGCAAUCGUUCUUCAGUUAUAGCUACUAAAGUCCAAUCUAGCAAUUUAAACAGGUAUUUAUUUUGUGUUUAUUGAGAUAUAAUUUUUAAAAAUUGUUAUUUUAAUAAUUUUAUUUGUAUAAUUUAUUUUAGAAAUCUAACAAACGAACGACUAAAACAUACAGCGGCCUACAAAAGUGAAAAAGAUAAAAUACGCACUUACAUUGUACAAAGAUAUAUCAACUAUGUCAAAAAUUAUAAAAAAUUAUUACAAGACCGAUUUCCAGCAGCAAUACACAUGUACAGGGUAUUUAGUAUAGGUAUCAAAGAUUUUUUAAGUGAUUUAAAAACCUACAUUUCACUUAGGCUAAAAAUAACAAAAGACCAAGGAUUCUCCAAUAUGACACGCCAAGAGUUAGAGUUAUUUGUGAAGAUGCCUUCGGACAUGUGGCGAAUAGCACCUGUGUUAAUACUUUCAGCUUUGCCAUUUGGAAAUUACAUAAUAUUUCCUCUAGCAUUAAUGAAACCAAAAAAGUUACUAAGCUCUCAUUUCUGGUCUAUACAACAACGGGCAGAAUUUAACAUAGAAGAUUUGAAAGAAAGACUUCGUAAUAAUCGCCCAAUUCUUCGAUGUCUUCAGGCUAAAUUAGAGGAUAUACCUGACGGUGAAGUCAAAGAAAACUGGCGGAGAGUUUUAGCGUUACUAGGAUCUGGAGUACAUCCAUCAGUCAAUGAAGUAUUGGCAUGUAAAGAAUUGUUUUGUAAAAAACCAUACCACUUAGCAUGUUUGUCUUUUACACAUAUGGGACAUUUACUUAAAAUGCUUGGCAUACGAAGAACUUUGUUCAGAAGAAAAAAACUUAAAUACAGAGCUUUCUUGUUGUUACAAAUGGACAGAGCAAUUGUAAGAGAAGGUGGAGUUGAUGUACUGAAUACGGAAGCAUUGAAAAAUGCAUGUCAUAUACGAGGAUUGAACACUAGAAACUUAAGCAAUCAAGAUAUGAAGGAUUGGUUACAACAAUGGAUUUCUGUAUCUGCAAACAUUGAUGCUAAUACAUAUUCUCUGCUUUUGCAUUGUCCUAUUUUCUUUGCAUACAACCACCCCCAAAAUUGGGUAUUAAUUUAUUAAAUGUUAUUUUGUUUG